CACACCCGCCAGGUACCUGUCAUCCAUUGCUCAGUCUCGGUUUCCCUGGAGUUUUCGUCUGGUAACCCGGAAGUGAUGGAUGUGAGCUGUGCGGGCGGCAGUCCCCCUCUGUAAGACUACAUCCGUGUGAGAGAGGGGAUGUGACCCUUGUACAGACUGCUCUAGUAGGAUGUUUCAGAACAAUCAGGGCAAAGAGUUGUUCUGGAACUUCAAAGAAGCUUUAACAGUGCUGGGAUUAAGGACAUGUCAACAGAAAUGACCUCACCUUUAACUGAACAGGAAUUUAUCACUAUCCGUGUACAGGACCCAAGGAUUCAGAAUGAAGGAUCAUGGAACUCCUAUGUGGAUUAUAAGAUCUUUCUCCAUACAAACAGCAAGGCUUUCACUGCCAAGACAUCUUGUGUGAGGAGGCGUUAUCGGGAGUUUGUUUGGUUGAGAAAGCAACUACAGAAAUAUGCUGGCUUAGUGCCUGUUCCUGCUUUGCCUGGGAAAGCCCCAUUCCAUAUUGGGAGUAGCGAUGAUUUCAUUGAGAAGAGGCGGCAGGGACUGCAGCAGUUUCUUGAACAAGCUGUACAGAACAUGGUCCUGCUUUCAGACAGCCAACUACACCUCUUUCUGCAGAGCCAGCUGUCAGUAUCCGAGAUUGAAGCUUGUGUCCAAGGCUUCAGGAACUACAGCGCUACCGAAGCUAUCCUUAAUUAUGCAAUUUCCAACCGUGGCUGGGUUCAGGAAGAGACUAUAUGCCAGCAGUAGCAGCUAGCAAGGAAGCAGUCAUUGAGAGGUGUCUCCUUCUUUAGUUUCCUUAAGUGGGAAAGGAAACUUUUGCACUUUAGGAUGUGCCCAAGGGAUCAUGCAAUGUUGGGAAUAGAGUUGGAUUUUCUAUCAGUUAUAUUACAAGCUUACUACUUCUCUGAUAGAGUGACUCCAACAUAUUUCCACACUCCAUGGCAUUAAAGAAAUGGAUUGUAGUCUUAUCAGCCUUUGCAGGAAAGCCAGUUAUUUAAGGAAUGUCAAAGACCUCCACAAGCUAACUGGAAAAUAAGCUAACAGUUAAUAAAAAUGGCAUUAGUUUAAAAAGAGAUGAUGCUGAUUAAUGCUAGAUUCACAUGCAUCUGCUGCAAUUAUUGCACAUUAUUUCAGUACUCUAUCACAAUUAGUACUUUGCACCCUCUGCAUUGCCUCAUUUGCUGUACUCAAAACACUGGAAUAUAGUUUCUAGGAUACAGAUUUCAUAAUCUGCACUUUUUAAUUGGAUCCACUUAUAUCAGAUCUAGUUAUUUGAGUUGUAUUCAAUAUUUUUGCACAUUUAAAAGGAACUGUUACUUCCCUGGAAUUUUUUACAUUAUGUUUACUUAUAUCCCUAUUAAACAAAUACGUAUAUAAUGUGUGUAAAAGAUAUGUAGAAAAAAAACUCCACGCCUCAUCUUAGCUUCCUGUCAGUCAGUGUUAUAAACUCUGUCCUUUGCACCUGGCAGUCGGUAUAAAGCAUAUAGAGAAAAGAAGAAAUGAAACCAGGUUUAUAUUUCUCACCAGCCUUUGCAAUGUUUGCCCUGGCUCUUUCUGGAACGAACUGGAUUGUGAUGUAAUUUGCUAAAUAUCUUAAUAUAAGUUAUAGGUGAUUCUCAAUGCUAUAUUUAGUGGUAUAAUUUCCAGAGAAGUGACAUUUCCCCUUUAACUUAUUUUUUUUUUUUUUUUCUCCCUCACGUUCAGAUAUGUCUUUAGUUUGCACUCAUUGUAUUGUUGGAACAUGCUGCUUAUUGUUCAAAUAAAUGUAAUUCAAGCCAGAA